AGAGAGAGAGAGAGAGCGCGAAGAGGAGGAUAGAUUCACUGCUUCGCUUGAUACUCUGACGGGAAUGUCAGUUAGGGUUUUUAUUUGAUUCAUCUUUUGCCGCGAAAGGAGAACGCAAGCAGAGUCUUUUCCUUCCCCCUCUCGCUUCUUCUUUCUGCAAAACCCUAAUCAGCUCUCGCCCCUCAAUUCAAUCCCUGCUGUUGCUUCUGUGAAUUUCGCCCCCCGCUUGGCUUCCAUGGGUGCUCAGGACAAGUCGCCCAACGAGGGUAAUUCGCUCCAGCGUGUUAAGGUCUACCGUCUAAAUGAUGAUGCAAAAUGGGAUGACCAAGGAACAGGACAUGUAACAGUAGAUUAUCUGGAGAGAUCAGAAGAAGUUGGCUUGCUUGUUGUUGAUGAGGCUGACAAUGAAACACUGCUACUUCAUCGCAUCAGCUCCGAAGAUAUAUAUCGUAAACAAGAAGAUACCAUAAUUUCAUGGAGAGAUCCAGAGUACUCAACGGAACUUGCCCUUAGCUUUCAAGAGACAACUGGCUGUGCGCACAUAUGGGAACAAAUCUGUAAUGUUCAAAGAAGUAUGCAGAUCAAUAAUCUCAACAGUGAGAGGUAUCACAAUAUCAGUAGCGAGUUGAGGGAGUUGCCUCCAGUUGAAAUAUCAACCCUCCCUCUGAUACUCAAGGCUGUUAUGGAGAGUGGCAUUGCCGACCAGUUACAUAUGAUGGAACUGAUGUUGCAUGAUGAAGACUUUUUCAGAAAAUUGAUGAGCUUGUUUAGAAUAUGUGAAGAUCUUGAGGACAUGGACAGUCUUCACAUACUUUUUAAAAUAGUUAAAGGAAUAAUUUUUCUCAAUAGUUCCCAGAUUUUUGAAAAAAUAUUCAGUGAUGAAUUAAUCAUGGAUAUCAUUGGGUGCCUUGAAUAUGACCCAGAUGUAACUAAUGUCCAUCAUCGCAAUUUUUUGAAAGAGAAUGUGGUUUUUAAGGAGGCUAUUCCUAUAAAAGAUCCAGUAGUGCUGUCAAAGAUACAUCAAACAUAUAGAGUUGGUUAUAUGAAGGAUGUCAUAUUGCCUCGGAUAUUAGAUGAUGCUACUGCUACGACACUUGCUAACUUAAUACAUUCGAAUAACGCAUUUGUUGUUUCUGUUUUGAAAGACGACAGUACCUUCAUCCGUGAGUUAUUUGUGAGAUUAAAAUCUUCCACUGAUUCUGGCGAGUCAAAGAAAAAUCUGGUACGCUUCUUGCAUGAGUUCUGUACUUCAAGUAAGAGUCUGCAGAUGGUCCAGCAGCUUCGGCUAUUCAAGGAUCUUGUCAAUGAGGGUAUCUUUGACAUUGUCAGUGAUGUGUUGCAGAGUCAAGACAAAAAACUCAUAUUAACAGGGACAGAUAUUCUCAUUCUUUUCUUAAAUCAAGACCCAAAUCUUUUGCGCUCUUAUGUAUAUCGUCCAGAAGGUCUUUCUUUGUUUGGGCUUCUGGUAAAGGGCAUGUUGACUGAUUUUGGAGAUGAUAUGCACUGCCAGUUCCUUGAAAUUCUUCGCAGUCUUUUGGAUUCAUAUACAUCAGGGACUCAGAGAGAGAAUAUUGUUGACAUUUUCUAUGAGAAGCACCUUGGACAACUAAUUGAUGCCAUAACAGCUUCAUGUCUUCCAAACAACGAUUCACAAACUGCAAUAGACUCUUUGAGCUAUAUUGAAGGAGCUGAGAAGCAGAGGAGCGUAAAGCCUGAAAUUCUACUCAACAUUUGUGAUCUUCUGUGCUUUUGUGUCGUGCACCAUCCUUAUAGAAUAAAAUGCAGCUUUCUUCUUAACAAUGUGAUAGACAAAGUUCUGUUGCUGACUCAGAGAAGAGAAAAAUAUCUUGUAGUAUCUGCAGUUAGAUUUAUGCGAACUCUCAUCUCUCGAAAUGAUGAACAUGUGAUGAACCAUAUAGUGAGGAACAAUCUUUUGAAACCAGUUGUUGAUGUUUUUGUUGCCAAUGGCAAUCGGUAUAAUCUUUUGAAUUCUGCUGUUCUUGAACUUUUUGAGUACAUCCGUAAGCCAGAAACUCUAAAAAUGUUACUUAAAUAUUUGGUGGAUACAUUUUGGGAUCAGCUGGUCGAAUUCAAUAAGUUUUCAUCUAUUCAAUCUUUAAAAAUUAAAUAUGACCAGAUUCAUGAUACCUCUGGAGCAAGAACUGUUUCUAACGUGGUCAACUCUCGGAAAAGAGGCGAUGAACGUGCUUUGGAAAAAGAAGAGGAAGACUAUUUCAAUCAGGGCAGUGAUGACGAAGAUGCUGCAUCGGUUUCUGUGUCGAAUACUAAAAGAGCACAACCUCGAAGAGUCUUGGCUAAUGGCUCCGUUUCAAACUACGUGGCAGUCAGGUCUGGGGGACUUGUUGAUUAUGAUGACGAUGAGGACGACGAAGAUUACAAACCACCACCUAAGAAACAAGUGGGACCAUCUAAUGAAGAUGAGGUAGAGUCGUUCCCAUUGAAACGAAAGCUUUGCUCCAAGGAAGAGCCAAUCUCAAAAAGAGUUCAUCGGGUGGCCAAAAACUCAAAGUCACGUAACAGUGUUUUUGCUGCGCUAUGCUCAACCUUGAGCCAAGCGGUUUUGCCAACUAAUGUCAAAACAACAAACACUGCUCAAGAAGGCGAUUCUUCUUGCUCGGACACAAAGGAUUCAACAACUGAAUCUAGUUGUGGGAAAAGUAGUAGGGUUCCUUCUUCUGAUUGUAAUGGAAGCUUGGAAGCUGAAAGGUGUGUUGACAAGGAUGAGGUUUCGUCUCCUACAAACUUCUCCCAAGGCUUAUCAUCAUCAUCCAAUUCUCCUGAUAGCAACAACAACAAUAACAGGCAGUUUUGUGAGAUUCAACAGAAGUCUUCUCCUGAAAUGGCUGUGAAUGGAUCAUGAACGAAAUCGUGUUCUGAUAAUCGUCACAUUUUGACUACUGAUCUCAGCAGUUAGGUUGCAGAAUGGAACAAGCUGCAGAAUGGAAUGCCAUCCUCGCCAAAAAGAGGGGUAUGAUGUACAGUGCCAUUGCAAGGAAAGGCAGGGAGUGUCCGGGUCACGCUUUAAAUGCUAUUAGAGUAAAUUAUUGUUCUACUCCCAUACCUGGUUCAUAGCCAUAGUUUCUCUUCUUUUUAUUGAAUCUCAUAUUUGUGAUCUUCAGUUUCUUUGCUUUAGUUUCUAUGUGAAUGUCAUUUAAGUGACUACUGACUUGUUGGGUUUUAUAUUUUGAUGAUAUGAAAUUUUGAAAAUAUGGGUGUCUUAGGGAAUGUGAGUGUGCUUAUGUGUUAGGGCAACUUCUCCUAAAUUGUGGUGUAAUAUUAAAUUAAGUUGAGAGAAAAUUGUACAUUAUGGUAUCAAGAAAACAAAGCCAAUCUG